GGGUAGUCGUCUUAUCACCCUGAUUAUCAUGGCGGUCUUUUCGUAAUUUCCACUCGAUGGCAAAACGAAGAAGCCGAAUAACUUAUGCACCAAAGUCGCGACGCAAAAGUAGUGGAUCAGAUCGGAAUCAGUCAGCUCCUGCACAGGGAACAGGCUCAACAGAAAAAGUAAUAAGAAGUAAGGGAACAAGUGUUUCUCGGUCAAGUAGCAGUGAAGACCCUGCUCGUGCAACAGAGGAGAGAAGAAAGGCUGGAAGUUAUUCUUCAACUGAAGCAGGAUCAUCUCCACACAAAGCUUUAAAGAAUAAGAGAAAUGAAGAUAAAGCAGAAGCAUCACCUCAUGGUAAACAAAGGGAAGUUGUCAAAAAGAGAGUUUUUCAACGUAAAAAUCAAGCUGGGAAGGAAGUCGGAAUACCAGAACGCAUUAGAGACUUGACUAUCACUAGGAAAACAUAUGCCAAGUGGAAGCCUCUCAGCUUGUCAACAAAGAAGUACACAAAACAAAUGAUAGACAACACAGUUUUGAGUGUUCUAAACAGCAUUCAUAAGGAAUCCAAAAGGGAUGAUAUUCAAGUUCAUUUAAAGCAGUUAUCUGACAGGAUUAUUAAAAGACUUGCUGGCUUGAAGGGACCAACACACCGAGGAGACUACAGCAAAAUGGAAGUUGAAUCACAUGAACUGGAAGAUGCCCUGAUUUCUUGUAAUAGUCAAGUGGAGAAUUUAGAGAAGGAAAUAGAGGAGCAAAGGAGGUUGUUUGAGCAGGAAGAAGACUUGUUGAAUAGCUACAACAUUGAAGGACAGCAGGAACAGACACAGCUUCAUCCUCUGCUGCAAGAAACAUCUGUGAACACUUUGAAUCUUCCCAGCAUGUCAAUUGAAGGAUAUAACAUGCCCUCAGUCUCUGAGGUACCUGCAGUACUGGAGAGCAAUGGAAGACGAUUAGCACAGUCUCUAACCAAGAUUAGUGAACAAACAGAACAACUUGGCUUCACAAACUGGCUGGAAGCUGUAUCUCAAACAACUCAUAGUUUACUCAGUUCUUAGUAAAUUUUGAUAUUU